CCCCCCCCCCCACGGCCCCGGGCGCAUGGAGCUGGGCUGCGCCGUGGGGGGCUCCGCGGCGGCCCCCCCGGGGCCGGGCCCCCCGCCCGUGGCCGCUGCCGUGGCCCCGAUGGAGGGCGAGGAGUACGAGAGCCUGCCCAGCGGAGCCUCGCUCGGCACCCACAUGCUGGCCGGGGCGGUGGCGGGCAUCAUGGAGCACACCGUCAUGUACCCGGUGGACUCGGUGAAGACGAGGAUGCAGAGCCUGCAGCCGGACCCCAAAGCCCAGUACAGGAGCGUGUACGAAGCCCUGAAGAAGAUUGUCCUGACGGAAGGCUUCUGGAGGCCUUUACGUGGCAUCAAUGUCACCAUGCUGGGGGCUGGCCCUGCCCACGCCAUGUACUUCGCCUGCUACGAAAAAAUUAAGAAGAGUCUCAGCGACACCAUCCAGCACGGAGGAAACAGCCACUUGGCCAAUGGUAUAGCUGGGAGCGUGGCCACCUUGCUACACGAUGCAGUGAUGAAUCCAGCUGAAGUGGUGAAGCAGCGGAUGCAGAUGUUCAACUCCCCCUACAAGUCUGUCCUGCAGUGCGUGAGGACAGUGCGGCGCACCGAGGGCUUGGGUGCCUUCUACCGCAGCUACACCACGCAGCUCACCAUGAAUGUCCCCUUCCAGGCCAUUCACUUCAUCACCUACGAGUUCAUGCAGGAGCAGGUGAACCCCCGCAGGGAGUACAACCCCCUGUCCCACGUCUUUGCCGGCGGCGUCGCGGGGGCCGUGGCCGCCGCCGCCACCACCCCUCUGGACGUCUGCAAGACCUUGCUCAACACUCAAGAAAACACGGCCCUGAGCUCACUGAACAUCAGCGGGCACCUCUCGGGCAUGGUGAACGCCUUCAGGACUGUCUACCAGCUGGGGGGCGUCGCGGGGUAUUUCCGAGGGGUGCAGGCGCGCGUCAUCUACCAGAUCCCUUCGACGGCCAUCGCCUGGUCGGUGUAUGAGUUCUUCAAGUACUUCCUCACGAAGCACAAGCUGGAGAAAAGGACAUCCUUUUGAAGGAAGGACACCGAGGGAAUUCAAGCCUCGGUGUCCCCUCCGUGUGUGUGAGCCACCAGCGCCGGGUCCCUGCUGAAAAACGGGCCGGGGUCCUGGUGGGGGCACAGCUGAUGUCUGCUUUCCCCCCCUCCCUGGGGGGAAGGUGGGCUUAAAAUGCUCCUCAGCCACCCGUUCCCCUCGUCGCUUAAAGGAUGAAAUAGUUUAUAAAGACUUAUAAUAAUAAUAUAUAUUUAAUAACUUUAUUUUGGAGAAGCAAAAUCGUUAACUGGUAUUUUUUUCUCUGGAUAAGUUUGAAGAUGUAGUUUACUCCUCACCAUAAGCCUAGGUUAUGAAACCUAGGCUGUUUUUUUACGGUGAAGAAGCAAAAUAUCCUCUGGUAGAACUUUUUAUAUAAAUAUAAAAUAGAUGGAUAAUGUUUAUCCUUUAUUUUUCUAUGUAGGCAUUUGGUUUGUUUUUUUAAAUAUUAUUACAGCUAGAUGCUGAGCUGUUUAAAAAGGGCUACAUUCUUCCAUCAUGUGCAAGGAAGACACAAAAGCAUUUAUUUUUAUAGCCAGAUUGGCUUUAAUUAUACAGCAUUUAGCCCCCAGACAGUGGCCUGGAUUCUCCUGUGGGUAUCGAGGGACUUGGUAACCCCUUGGGACUUGCUGGGGCCCUUGGGGAGAAGGAAUGGGGACACCACGUUGGGAAACAGUAGGAUGCCAGCAGGGGCGCCCCAAAAUGCUUGGUCACUUUGCAGAGGAGGGGAUAUAUUUUUUUUUACAAGGAGACUCUUAAAAAUGUCGAUUUUAAAAGAAUAGUAUUUUUUUCAAACACUUUUUUUUAAAGGUACAUUUUUAUGGUGUGUGAUAGCUGGAACAGGCUUCGUCCUCCCUUAAUUUAUUUGUACUUCUUUUUCACUAAGGCCCCGAUCCUGCUUCCAGGAGCAUCCAUGCGCAUCCUGAGAGCUGCUGGGCUUGGAGCAGGGUGCGUGGAGCUUCUGGUUGCAUCCUGGCAGCACCAAACGAGCAGCCAGCACCGAAAACCUUGGGAAAGUCCAAAUUGCAGACCUGGAGCCGCCUCUCAGUCUGCGUUUGACAAUAAAUUGCUGUUCAUCUCUGUUCGGGGGUGGGU